AUGGAACACAUAUUUAAGACUCUAUUAUUCAUUAGAAUUACUACGUUUAUCCUUUUAUGUUGGAUAUGUCAUUUUUACAAUGAGAUCAAUAUACAUAACAAAUUCUUAGAUGAAUGCUACAAUUAUCAUAGAAGACUAUAUAUAAGUAAUUAUCGUUUAUUGUCAAAAUAUUGGCAGAAUAAAAAUUCAAGUAUUGUAUGUUUAAAAGAGAAGAUUCCAAAUGUAAUUAAAAAUAAAAAAGGGAUGUCUAAUAAAGAAAAACGUACUGCAAGAAAAAAGCAAAAAUCAUAUGGAAGUUCAUCAGGAGAUGCAGGAGCACAUAAAAAAUGUAUGAAAAAUAACACUUGUAUAUUUGAAACAAAAAACUACUCCUAUUUAGAAAAAAAAAUAUUCAAAGAACUUGAUUAUAUAGAUUUUCUUAAAAAAAAAAAGACAAUUACUGACAGGCUUUACAAAAAAAUAAUACGUAAAAAAUACUCAUUAAGGCUCUCUUUUCCUGUGAUAUUGUUAUUAUUGUUAUCCGUAGCAUUUAUAGUAGAAUAUUUUACGUGUAAUGGACUUGUAAAAGUGCUAUAUAAUAAUGUAUUUUAUGAAAGCCUUAAAUUACAGGGGAUACAGCUUGUGAAUUCCAUUAAGAAUGGAUUUCCUGAUACUACAUCAGGGAAAAUAUUUUACAUACUUGUUGAAAUCUCUAAAGGAGAUAACAGAUAUGGUGUUAAUAUAAAUUUUUUUGGUAGUCUAGUAUAUAUCCUACCUUUUUUUAUAUUAGGCAUUGCAAUUAUAUUAGGAAUUGUUUAUUACCAUAAAAAAGUUAAAAAAUAUAAUAAAAUUAAGUUCAGAAGAAGGUAA